UACUCCGCCAUUACCUGGUUCUCCCUGGCCAGAGCCACCCUUCCCCAACAACGAAGAGACGCCCUUGUUUUAGCCUGGUCUAUCCGUACAGCGAGCGCAUUUCCCUCCCGGUUUAUCGCCCUGGCCGAUCAUAACACGCGCGACAAUACACCUCCCAAACAUGGAGCUGUAGUAUUCGCUGUUGCUGCUUCUGCCGCCGUUCCAACAUUUUUAGUCAUUCGUGGCCGACCCCGUUUGACACCAGUGCGAGCUAGUCGCUAGCCAUUGGCCGCGUGGCCGAGUCUGUGUUUCCCGAUACUUCCGCACUGGUCCGCCUCGACGCCGUAAACGACGGUAGCCCGUCCUGCUCGGCAAGAUGCCCGCCGUCAAUGUGGCUAUGGAGAGGAGCUUGAGGGAGGGGUUUGUGCAAUUACUGGUGGCGAGUCUGCGACCGGCAAUACAAAAAAGAGACAUACAGGGCCAGGUCAACGAUGUCAAGACGGCUUUUUCCAGCUGGGAUAAUUGCAUGAAGGCAACUUACUGCAAGUGGCCCGUCAUCGCGGUUAUCAUAGUCGGCGGAUUAUUCCUCAUUUCCAUCAUUUGGUGCGUAGCUCGGUGCCUCUGCUGCGGCCUCUCGUGUUGCUGCGAAUGUUGCCAGUGUCUGAAGUGCUGCGGCAACUGCUGCGGAUGCUGUGAUCCUCCAAAGGGCAGUCGCGCAAAGUACCUCGACGAGCCGUACGUCCCUCCCAACAACCAAUACAAAUCCCAGCCGCCCAUGGACCCGGGCUUUGCUCGAGCCGCAGCGAUCCCACCGCCAGCGCGGGCUGCGGCAGUACCAGAGCCGCCGCAAUAUGCCGAGUUCGAUGUCAGCAAGAAGACCGCGGCGCCCGUCAACGAGGAUGCGUUACCCGAAAUGCCCAGUUGGGAAGGCGCAGGGAGCAAAAAGGUUCUUCUCGAAGAAGAUGCUGUCGAAAUGGACACACUAAAGAAACCCGAGGCCAGUGUCCAGAACGCAGCACUCGCAGGAACCGCCGCUGCUGGAGCGAUAGCAGGGCCUUCGAGUCCUGCUCCCUCUCCCGUCGUACGAAGCCCGUACGGGCCGCCGACCGGUAUCCCGGGCUCCAAUGGAUACUUCCCUCCAGCGCCGGUUGAGGUCGAUGCGUAUUCCCAGCAUACUGGGCACAUGGACGGGUACCAGCAACCUGGAGCGGCCUACAGCCAAGCCUCGAUUCCCGUAGACCAAGGAUAUGGAGUGGCCGGAGCGGCGGUCAUGGGCCCUGGAAGGAGGUCACCGCGUGCCUACAACGACGCCGGUUACAACAACGGAGUCUAUGGGCAGGGCCGGGGCUAUGGCCCGCCGGCUCGGCAAGGCAGCUACGACACCCGACAAGAGCCGUACGACAAUUACGGGUCUCAAUCUCAAGGAAGUCAAGGCUACGGGGUCGGGGCGGCUCGUCGGUCUCCGCAAUCCCCGUAUGAUGCUCAGCAGAGCACCCCAUACCCUCAGGACCUUAUCCAGCCACCCCCCGCCGCGCGGGCCGACUAUGGUGCUCAGGGAGACUACCAUUCACAGUCAAACUAUCACCAGGCUGACUACUCGGCCCUGGACGAUGCGUAUAACAGCUACGACUCCCGCCCAGCGACUGGGCGACAGUAUUCGUCCGACUCGACCCGCCCGCUCCAAGCGCCGUCUUCUACCUCCUCUCAGCGCCAGCAACAACUGCAGCCCCAACAGUACGCCCAUGAGAUGCCGGCCAACGAAACCGGUAGCUUUGAUUUCGACCCAACGGCUUAUUCCCGUCCAACCCCGGGUCCGGCAGCAAACGCAAACGCCGGCGGAUACCGCCAGCCCAGCCCGAUCCAAUUGCAACCGCAGGGUGCCGCCGCGUCAAGCUACCAAGGUUACCAGCCGUACCAGCCCCCUUCCCAACGGCAACAGCAAAACAGCAGCUGGGGCAGGGCACAAUGAAGUGCUCGCAUAGAAAAAAGGGCAGAUAAGAGGGCGCAUUUGUUUUACACUCAUAUAGAUGGUUUUCGCCUCUCAUUAUGGCUUAAUUUUGAAGGCCUUGGCUUGGCUUGGACUGUUGUUUUUACACGUUAG